GCGGAAAAUUUUUUUUCGUAAUAAAAUUAAUAAAAAAUUAAUAAAUCAAUAAAAAAAAAAUAAAAUAAAAGAUUAAGAUAAUAUUAAGGAAUUAUUAAGAAACAUAUCAAUCAUGUCCGAGGAAGUAAUUAACGAUGAUUCGGAAAUUGUGACGGUUAAUAUUAAUCAAGAAACUACAGACAUAAACCUCGACGAAACAAAAGAAAAAAUAUUAAAUGAACAAGUGAAAAUUGAACGAACGAAAGCUACAUAUUGGCAAUUAUAUAGAUUUGCUAGUAAACGGGAUUGGCUUAUUAUGAUCAUUGGAACCAUUUUUGCUAUCAUUUCCGGUGCUGCUAUACCUAUAACAACUGUUAUAUUCGGAGAGAUGAUCAAUUAUUUUACGAAUUUUCAGAAAGGACAAAUCAGUAAUGCCAAUUUCCUUGACAAAGUAAACUAUUACGCAUUAUUUUUUGUAUAUCUGGCUAUAAUCGUGUUUUUCAGUACCUAUAUUUAUAUGGCUGCUUGGGUAUACACCGGUGAAAGAUUAACGCGUCAAAUUCGAGAAAGAUAUUUACGCUCUAUUUUAAGACAGAAUGUUGCGUAUUUCGAUAAGCUUGGUGCUGGUGAAGUAACAACUCGAAUUACUUCUGAUACACAUUUAAUUCAAGAUGGUAUCAGCGAAAAAGUUGCCAUGUCUAUCUCAUACGCUGCUCAAUUUUUAUCGGCCUUUGUAAUAGCUUUUAUAAAAUCAUGGAAAAUGACUUUAGUGAUUUGUGCUUUAAUCCCAUGUAUUUCCAUAACAUCUACACUAUUAAAUAAGUUCACUGCGAUAUUUAUGAAACGUUCUUUAGAUUAUUAUUCUAAAUCAGGAACCAUUGCUGAGGAGUCUAUAUCCACGAUUCGUACAGCAGUUGCCUUUGGAAUUCAGUCAAAGCUUUCAAAACUAUAUGAUUCGCAUUUAAUUUUUGCAAAGAAAGAAGGUAUUAAGAAGAGUAUUUUGAACGGUGCUGGUCUCGGAGCUACAUAUUUCUUUAUGUAUUCAACUUAUGCUCUUGCAUUUUGGUAUGGAAGUACUCUUCUCUUGAAAGGAGAAUUAACUUCUGGUGAUGUCGUCAACGUAUUUUUUGCGGUGCUUAUAGGAGCUUUCGCUUUAGGACACAUUGCACCAGAUUUACAAGCAUUCAGUUUUGCUAUUGGAGCGGGUAGUAAAAUAUUCGAAACUAUAAACCGUAUACCACCUAUAGACAUUGCAUCUGAAUCCGGAGAGAAAUUAGAUAAUGUUGAAGGCCGAAUUCAAUUAAAGAAUGUUUCUUUUAUUUAUCCUGCCCGCCCUGAAGUUAUGACAUUGAAAAAUUUAUCUAUAGAAAUUGAACCUGGUUCUACCGUUGCUCUUGUUGGCUCUUCUGGUUCUGGCAAAAGUACAAUCGUUUCACUUGCUCUUCGUUUUUAUGAUCCAAUUGAAGGGGAAAUUUACCUUGAUGGGCAUGAUAUUAAAGGUUUGAAUUUACAAUGGCUGAGACGACAAAUGAGCUUAGUAGGGCAAGAACCUGUAUUAUUUAAUACCACAAUUGCAGGAAAUGUUGCGCAUGGAUUAAUUGGCUCGGUUUAUGAAAACAUUGAUAAAGACAAGAAACAAAUAAUGAUAGAACAAGCAUGCAGAAUGGCCAAUGCACACGAUUUUAUUAUGAAUUUACCAGAUAAAUAUGAAACUAACGUAGGUGAACGAGGAUUUUUAUUAUCCGGAGGUCAAAAACAACGUAUUGCAAUUGCUAGAGCUAUUGUAAAAGAUCCAAAAAUUUUAUUAUUGGAUGAAGCCACGAGUGCAUUAGAUACGCAAAGUGAAGGAAUUGUACAAGAUGCUUUAGAUAAAGCUUCAAAAAAUAGAACUACAAUUGUCAUAGCUCAUCGUCUUUCUACUAUUAGAAAUGCUACAAAAAUUGUCGUAAUGAAUCAUGGUGUAAUAGUGGAAAGUGGAACACAUGACGAAUUAAUGUCAAAAAAAGGAAGUUAUUUUAAUUUAGUUGAAGCUCAAAGAAUUCAACAAGCAAAAAAGGCUAAAGAAUCAACAGAAAAUGAAGACAGUUCAGAUGUAUUAGUAACGGCAAGAAACGAAGAUAUCGUUCCAGAAGAAGAUCAUGCAAUUGGACGCGUAAUUACAAACAAGAGCGCUUCUUCCGCUAUAUUGGUCAAAAGAAAAGCUGAUUUAGAAGCUGGAAUGAAGUUUGAUUAUGAAUUUACAACAAUAGAAUUAUUACGAAAAGUAACUAAGAUCAAUAAACCUGAGAUUCCAUUUAUAAUUCUUGGAUUAUUUUCUUCUAUUGUUUCUGGAGUUGUAUAUCCAGUAUUCGCUAUUAUUUUUGCUAAAAUCAUACAAAGUUUCUCAAAAACUGGAGAUGAAUUGAGAAAUGAUGCAAAAUUUUGGGCUCUUAUGUUUUUGGUUAUUGCGAUUGUGACAAUGAUUUCGAAUUUUAUACAAGGAAGUUCAUUUGGAUUUUCUGGUGAAAAUCUUACUUUACGAAUUCGUUCAAUGUCAUAUGCAGCAAUUCUUCGACAAGACAUUAGUUUCUUUGAUGAAGAACAACAUAGUGUAGGUGUAUUAACAAGUGCUUUGUCAUUGGAUGCACAAAAUGUAAACGGUCUUGCCGGGAUAACUCUAGGCACCAUUUUACAAGUGUGCACUACCCUCUUAUCAGGAUUAAUCGUAGCUUUAGCAAUAGGUUGGAAGCUGGCACUUGUUUGUUUGGCUUGUAUUCCUUUGUUAGUUGGAUCAGGUGCGCUACGGAUGAAGAUGCUGAGUGGAUUCCAACAGAAAAAUAAAUUGGCUUAUGAAUACUCAGCUCAAAUAGCUUGUGAAGGAGCCGCCAAUAUUAGGACUGUCGCAGCUUUAACACGUGAAGAUGAUUUAUGGAAUAUUUACCAUAAAUUGUUAGACGAGCCAAUGAGACAAGGAUUUAAUAACGCGUUCCUUGCUAGCAUAACAUUUGCGUUUGCACAGUGUGUUAAUUUCUUAACUAAUGCUUUGGCCUUUUGGUAUGGUAGUAGAUUGUUUGUGAGCGGAGAAUACAAUUUGGAAAAAAUGUUUACUGUAUUUAUGGCUAUCGUAUUCGGAUCCAUUUCUGCUGGACGAGUUUUUGCCUUCGCUCCAGACAUAGCAAAAGCGAAAUCUUCAGCUGCAACAAUUAUCUCACUUUUAGAAAGAAAUCCAUUAAUAGAUUCAUGGUCUAAUAGUGGAAAGAAAUUAGAUAAAAUUGAAGGAAACAUAAAAUUUACAGAUGUACAUUUUCGAUAUCCUACAAGACCUCAUGUAAGAGUAUUAAGAGGGUUAAAUAUAGAAAUUAAACCAGGUCAAUAUGCAGCAUUAGUGGGACCAUCAGGAUGUGGAAAAAGUACAACUAUUGGAUUAACGGAAAGAUUUUAUGAAACUACAAUAGGAAAAAUUGAAAUUGAUGGAAUUGAUAUUACAAAAAUUAAUGUUAGUAAUUUAAGAGAACAUAUUGCAUUAGUAAGUCAAGAACCUUCUUUAUAUGAUAUGACUAUUAAAGAGAAUGUAUUACUUGGAUGUAAACCAAAUCAAAAUCCAACACAAGAAGAUAUUGAACGAGUAUGUAGGGAAUCCAAUAUUCAUGAUUUUAUUGUGUCAUUACCUGACGGAUAUGAUACACGUGUUGGAGGUAAAGGAACACAAUUAUCAGGAGGACAAAAACAAAGAAUAGCGAUUGCAAGAGCAUUAAUAAGAAAUCCUAAAAUUUUAUUAUUGGAUGAAGCUACAUCAGCAUUAGAUUCAGAAUCCGAGAAAGUUGUACAAAAAGCAUUAGAUGUUGCAGCUAAAGGAAGAACUACUUUGGCUAUUGCACAUCGAUUAUCUACAAUACAACAUGCUGAUGUUAUCUUUGUUAUUAAGGAAGGUAAAGUUGCGGAACAAGGAACUCAUCAAGAGUUAUUAGCACAAAAAGGAAUUUACUUCAAUAUGGUACAAGAACAAGAUUUAGGAGCUGAUAAUUAAUACGGCGCAGCACUUGAGAAAAAAAAAAUUUCAAAAUGAAUAAAAAAAAAAAAUUUUUAAGGUUAAAUAAAUAAAUAUAUAUAUAUA